CUUAAAUAAACUAAUUAGGGGGAGAUGUGUCGAUCACCGCGCUGGGUAUAGAGAAUAAACAAAGAGGAAGACAUUGGCCCCAAAUCAAGACUUUGCACCAGGGGCCCUUGAAUAAAUACCAACGACUACUUUUUUUUCCCCCAUGAGAGAAAAUAUGUGGAAUUAGUUGACUAAUAUUCUUCAACCGAUCUACGCGACGAUCCAUAUCCCCAGCGGCACCGCGGAGCUGGUGGUGUAGCCGUGGGUUCGGUCUGCAGAUACAAAUCGAAAAGAACCUUCAGUCGCCCCGAAAUUAAAUUUCGUCUGAACAGCCCAGUAUUAGGCGCAAUUGGCAGCCAGUGGUGGGGGAAGUACUCGGAUACUUCACCUCAAUAAAUACAGCAACACAACAGGGUAAAAACACUCCAUGACAAGUAAAAGUCCCUGCUUUCAAAAUCUGGGGUAACACCAGCAAAAUGUAGGAAAAGUAGAGGUAUUAUUUUUCACGCAGGAGACGUAUAUGAUCUCACUGGGUUAUUUGUUAAUGAUGCUGAUGUAGCGUUGCACUGUUGCGGCUGAGCUGGGGCCUGUACGUGACUACGUUUUUGGCAGUUUAACUGAGUAACGAUUUGUCUUAUUCCGCACAUGAUUGUCUUGUAUGUAACUGUCUCGGUUGUAGCUGUAGCUGUCAGAUGAAUGUUUUGGAGUGCGAAGCACAUUUCCCUUUGAAAUGUGGUGAAGUAUAAAGGAGCACAAAAGCCAAAGCACUGGAGCAAAGUACAUCCACCUUCAAAAUAAAAUUGUAGUGCUUUAGAAAAAGUGGGCCGAGUUACAUUACACCACUGUGAUCGGCAGGUUUUGUGUAAAUGUCGGUAGGAAUUUUCAACCGAAGCUAUAGCAAAGCCAAAAGUAAUAGUAGGAAAUAAAAGGUCCCAUUUGGUCCAAAAUGCAAAGGGCUGGACUUCGCGCACGUGCUUAAACUCACGAGAAUUGCUAUUAGCGGCUGAUCGGGGAUCACAUUUGAUCAACCGCAAAGCAGAAGAGCGGGGAGGAGGCGGAGCUCCAUCUCUGUCCGAGGGCAUAAGUGUGGAAAACUCUCGGACGCAUGAUUGCAUCUGCGGAUUAUUAUGCAUUUCAGACGUGAUCACGUCUCCCCGUCUCUGUCCCUUUCUUUCUCUUUUCUCCGUGUGAUUGAUUGGAGGAGUUCACAGGCUGGCACCCCCAUCGCGUUUCCCGGCGGCUCUCGGUCCACAUGAUUGGUCCGCCUCCUGCGGCCGCAGCCACCAGAAGCGCCUCCUCUCAUAAACGUCGUCAGACCGCACUAACGUUUCCCAUUACUUCCAGGAGAAGCAGCGGCUCACUAUUAGGAACUUUGAGUGCGACCUAUGGCACACGACUAGCAGGUAUGUGGGGUAGACUACUCCCUGACCAUUUUUAUUAACCACAACGGUGUAUGGAAAGUGCUCCUGGAUGGACCUGGGCGAAAACAGCUGGUCCAUGGUCAAGCGAGAAGUAUCCAGCAGCCCAGGGUCACCGGCUGAGCAGACCUACCUGCCCGGUGACAGCAGGAGGGACGGUCCCACCUCGGAGGAGCUGAGGACACCUCCGAGCGAGCUUGACGCACUGGGGCACCGCCGCUCCGACGGCAGAUCACUACACUCCUACGUUCACUUCGGACACCAUAACAACACCCUGACCACUACCGAGGACAUCCCGCUGUUUACGGAUUUAGACCAGGGCAGCAAACUCGUCCUCUCCAGCGGAGCGCACAAGGCGAGCUUGCUGGUGGACCCGACCGACAUGUACCAAACACUGGCCAUCGCCGCAGCCCAAAGCCAGACUGGAUAUGAUUCCUCCUCUGGUGGUUACAUGCACUCCAACCCCAACUCUCCCGUGUACGUGCCUAGCUCCCGGGUGGGCACCAUGAUACCCAACCUUUCGUAUCUGCAGGCCAGCGGUUCUGUGCAGCCCAGCCACGCCGUCUCCAGCCACUCGGUCUGGUCGCAGUCCGCCCCGGAGAGCCCUUCAUACAGCACCGGGAGCCCGCACACCUCCAGCCGGUUCCACUAUCCUCCAAGCCCGCCCAUGAAUAACGGGACGCCGAGAGACACCGGCUACACUAACACGCUGAACGUGAGCAACAGAGACCAGUACGGCCUCUCUCGGCCCCUCAGCGGGACCUACCCGAGUCCAUACUCUCCUUAUGCACCGCAGCUCUCCCAGCUGCCCUCGCCUUGGUCCGGGGGACCUUUCGAUAACACGAUGCUGCACACCUUGCAGAGCAGAGGCGCGCCCUUGAUCCGAGGACCAAACGGAGUUCCAGAUAUUCUCGACGACAUGGGCGAGAGCAGAGAGUGCGUCAACUGCGGCUCCAUCUCCACGCCGCUCUGGAGGCGCGACGGCACGGGACACUUUCUCUGCAACGCCUGCGGCCUGUACAGCAAAAUGAAUGGGCUGAGCAGGCCAUUAAUUAAACCGCAGAAACGGACGUCAACGUCCAGAAGAAUCGGCCUGUCCUGUGCCAACUGUCAAACCAGUACGACCACUUUGUGGCGCAGAAAUGCCGAGGGGGAGCCGGUGUGUAACGCAUGUGGGCUCUACACAAAAUUACACGGGGUACCUCGGCCGCUCGCCAUGAAGAAAGAGGGAAUUCAGACAAGAAAAAGAAAACCGAAAACACUGAAUAAAACAAAGGGAUCCUCUGCAAAUAACAACUCUGUCUCUAUGACUCCCACAUCCACCUCUUCAUCCAAUUCAGAAGACUGCUCAAAAACCAGCUCUCCCUCUGGACAGGUCAGUUCGUCUGUGCUGUCCAGCUCGGGGGAGGGAGCAGGCUCGGGCUCAGCGGUGAAGUACCCGGCACAGGACGGCCUAUACACCAGCGUGGGCUUGACCCAGCCAUCAGAUGUAGCUUCAGUGAGGGGUGAACCCUGGUGCCCCAUGGCUUUAGCUUGAACGUUUAAAUCUUUUUGGGAGGAAAGCAAUCCCUGACCCCUUCCGUCUGGAUGCUAUUUAGUGUGGAAGUAUUCGGGGGCAAUGUUUGUUUCCUUCCUUGCAGCUGAAACAAGAAGAGUCGGACAGGGGGAAAAGAAGGGUGAGACCACCUUAUGCUGCAAGCUUGAACCGAGAUUGGAAUAUCUGGGAUUUGUUUCCAGAUUGGUGAGGGGGAUCUUGUUGCCUUAAAAAAACACAAAAAAAAAAAACAAAGGGAAAUGUCAGGCCAGACGAUCAAUCAGGUGGCCGGCUGUGGAUGGUUUCUGGACCUGCCAUGCACUCGAUCUCUCCCAUCCAUGGCACAGAACCAGAUCUGGGUUCUUAAAAGAAAGCCAUCAUGUACAUAACGGAUUUCCUCUCUGAUUGGAUACUGGCGCUUCAUAAAGCGCCAUACUCUUUAAGGACAUUUAGAUUCUCUUUUUCUUUCCGCAACUGGAAUCAUGCAACGAGUGCCAACACAACUUUUAUGAAUCAAAAGAAGAAAAUAUUUAUAAAUCUUCCAUUGUUGAAAACAUGGCUAUGAUUGUUAAUAAAGAUAUCACUAUAGAGUAGAAGUUAAA